UCACCACGCACACUAAACCCAACCAUCUUGGGUUGGAUUCUACACCAGCCCAACUCUCAAAAUUUUAGCUCUUCCAACGUGAAACAGUUAUAUUCUUGGGGAGGAAGAAAAGAUUGAUCCUAGAAGGAAAUCAUAGCAGUGAAAGGGCUUGGGCGGCUUUUGUUUUUACUUACCUGCGCCGAACAAAUUUGAUUUGUGGAGUCAGUCAUUUUGGUGUCAAGAAAUUUCUUCGUCAUUCUACAACAGGAAUUGGGACCAUUUUGACAAUGAGUGCCCAGAGUGUUUGUUUGAGUUCUCGAUGCUUGGGUCUGGAUGAAAGCCAAGAUUAAAAAGCAUCCUGCUUUCCUGUACCGCUCUCCAGAUCAGAGAUUCUCUUGAGUUAGUGACUUGGAGACAGUUGUUCUGUGGGUGAACUUUUGGGAGCCAUUGAUCCAGAGCUCUCCUACCAGGGCCCCCAGCACUGAGAUGUUGAAGACCAGCCUUUGGAGGUUUCCAAAGUAGAUGGUGCAUCUCCCUUGGAUGGACUGCAUGAAGUAACAUUCUGCAGAUUGCUGUCAGAGGUCCUAAGAACACAAAUCCAUCUGGUUUCCAUUCCUCGUUGUUGAAUGGCGUUUGCUUCAGCAGCCCACUGAGGGCUCUUUUCCUCGGAAUUCUGAAUUUGUAACUAGGAAUCCGAGCUGGGAAGAUGCUGAGUUCCAUCAAGUGUGUGUUGGUGGGAGACUCUGCUGUGGGGAAAACCUCUCUGUUAGUGCGCUUCACCUCAGAGACCUUCCCAGAGGCCUACAAGCCCACAGUGUAUGAAAAUACAGGUGUAGACGUCUUCAUGGAUGGCAUCCAGAUCAGCCUGGGUCUCUGGGACACAGCUGGCAAUGAUGCCUUCAGGAGUAUCCGCCCUCUGUCCUACCAGCAGGCAGACGUGGUGCUGAUGUGCUACUCCGUGGCCAACCAUAGCUCCUUCCUGAACCUGAAGAACAAGUGGAUCGGUGAAGUCAGGAGCAACCUGCCCUGCACCCCAGUGCUGGUGGUGGCCACCCAGACUGACCAGCGGGAGGUGGGGCCCCACAGGGCUUCCUGCGUCAACGCCAUAGAAGGAAAGAGACUGGCCCAGGAGGUGAGAGCCAAGGGCUACCUGGAGUGUUCAGCCCUCAGCAACCGGGGGGUACAGCAGGUAUUUGAGUGUGCCGUCCGGACUGCCAUCAACCAGGCCAGGAGACGCAACAGAAGGAGGUUCUUCUCCGUUAACGAGUGCAAGAUCCUCUAAACCCCAAAGACUCCACCCAGCAGUCACUUACCGCAAAGACUAACUGGGACAGGGAGAGCAGGCAAGCCAGCAAGCGUCGAUGCUCUUUCUGGGCACGUCCUGAGCAGCCUGAAGCAGCAUGAGCAGCAGCAGGAAACCUUUCGGAUACAGUUGUUGAUGAGACUUGGCUACUGGAUGUUUUUACGAAAUACACUCUAUCAAAGAACUCUUUGCCCAUUACAGUUAGAAGAUCCCUUGGGAAACUGUAAUGAAUAUUCCACCUUCGAUUAUAAAACCAAAGUGGUCUCCAUAAUUUCGGAUAAUGAAGUGAGUUUUCCAAAGAAUUCCAUAUUUAAAGACACAUUGUAUUUAAAUAAUAACAAAAUAAAUAGCACUGGUAUAUAAUUAGUUUUCACGCUUGGGAAGUCUUUUCCUACCUACUGACAAACAGAAAUUGAUGUAUGAGUGAAACGACCUUAUAGGGCCCUGCCAUGUGUUCGUAGUGUCGGUAUUUUCAUCUGAAGUAGUAAUUUUGUUGAAAUCACUUGCCAGCUAGAUUUUAUUAGGUAAUCAAAUUUUAAAAUUACUGUAAACUGAUCCUUGCAAUUAAUUUUCCACCCACUUGUUAUUCAGAGUUGUAUAUAAAAUACAGUUCAAUGACAUAAGAUACUUUAAUACUGCCUAAUGAUUUUAAACAGCUAUCAUUAUAUGUCUCUGUAAUUAUUUUUUUUAAAAACGCAUUUCUUAUGGUUUUGCCUUUCACCCAAAGAACUCCAGUUGUGUACUAAGUAUGCUUCUGUCAUUCCCCAAAACAGAUUGAAGGAAAACCUCUCAGGUAGAGAAUCAGACUGCUCGCAGUGAUAGCAGCAGAACUUGGAAGAGACACGAGGAAGUCUUACUUUCAUUUCAGAGACCACUGCACUUUGUGCCUGCUUCUUCUGACACCGGGGUUCCUAGCUGGUCGUAGGUCUUGUGAAAGAGCAGGCUCAAAGUCUCUAUAAUUGUGAUUUAGCAAAUUUGUUAUUUGAGCUCUAAACUGAGCUGGCAUGGCAACAUAAUUCAUUAAUUUUAGGACCUCAUCAGAAUAAUUGGGAUGGUGUCUACAGGUAUAUGUAUGUAUUUAAGGGAAUUUAUAGCUUUUACUAUUUCAUGAAUAUGAAACACCUGAGUGGGAAAAAAAAAUCACAAAUUCCCAGCACAGGGAACAGGAAAACUAUACAGCAAUUGCUUAGAUAAUAAAAAUUUCCCAAGGGAAAUACUGAAUCAAUAGGGACAUCCCUCCAACCCCCAACCACCAUUCUGUCUAAUAGCUUAAAAGCAAUGGUAUUGACCAUCUGUGAAAGCUGAGAACAGAGGACUAUGUAAAUUAAGAAAUCGUGAAGGCUGGAACCCAAGCGUUUCAUUUACUCACCUAAUCAAAACCUAUAACUACUCUGAACCACGUUUAUGAAAGUACAUCAUUGGUUUGGUGUAACAUGCCAUUACACACCAAUGGUAAGGCAGUUGGCAUAAAUGACUAUGAUUAGACCUAUGCUGACAUAACCAAACUAAUUUUUCAGUUUCCUUAUGUGGUCAAUUCUUUAUAGCUAUAAUAGAUGUCAAAAUCAAAUGUGUGCUCAUCUCCACACUGCCUUCUCUUUUUCCUCUUCUCCCAUCCACAUUCAGGAAAAGGGCUGGGACCAGGGUCUGAGUCUCUGCGUCCAAGGUUCCCUCAAUCCUCUGGGGCUGACAUAUCUGCCUUCGCCCAGACAGCGCCAGCUCUCCAGUCCCACAGCUCAUCCUCAGCUCUGUGUCACCUGUGUCCCUUGACUUGAGAGCUACUAUAUCCAGCUGUCUAUGUUGGGCAUCCAGAGGGUUGGAGGGCUUCAAAGCUGGCCAGGCAGGGGAGGCGAUGGGAGCGCAUCUCCUUGUGAUAUCCCUGUUGACCCGCCUCCUCUUCUCCAACAAUUGCAAAUGGUCUUAAAUAACUUCUGCAGAUUUUCCUUCAGGGCCUGUCUAAGGUAGGCGGUAUUUAACA